UUCCUCUCAGCUGCAGACUCGGAGAGCUGCGGAGGGUUGUUCUCCUGUCCCUGUCAGUUCCUCCAUCAUGUCUCUGCCGCAGCAGCUCCGGGGGGAGAGUGACUUUGAUCAGCUGCCUCAUAACAUCCCCAUCAGCGCCGCCAUCGCUGACAUCGAGGAGAACAAAGGCUUCAUUGACUACUUUAUGUUUGUGAUUGAGGUGAAGACUAAAGGAGGCAGCAAGUACCUCAUCUACAGGAGGUACAGAGAGUUUUUCAACCUCCACCAGGUCAUCGAGGCCAAAUACUCCCCCGAGGACCCGGAGCGACGCGGUCCACACACCUGCAUCCUGCCGUCCCUUCCAGGAAAAGUCUUCAUGGGCAACAAGAGGGAGAUCGCAGAGAGCAGAAUCCCUGAACUCAACACGUACAUGAAGAGAUUGCUGGGUCUGCCAACAUGGCUGUUGUUGGACGAGGCUCUCAGGAUGUUUUUCUACCAGACGGAUCAGGACGGCCAGCACCAACCUCGAGCCCUCCGGCGACUCCGCCCUCCGACACGCAAAGUGAAGACGGUCAAACCAAAGAUGGAUCUCUUCUCGUCUCCGAGGGCCGAGGCGAUAUUUGACUUUCGCGGCAACGGCAAGGCGGAGCUGAACCUGAAGAAGGGAGAAGUGAUCUUCCUGCUGCAACGAGUCAACACCGACUGGCUGGAGGGCACCGUCAACAAUCAGACGGGUAUUUUCCCACAAUCCUUUGUGAAGAUCAUUAAGCCCCUCCCAGAGAGCGACUCGGAGGGCGAGGCUGGAGGCCCGUCCUACAGCUGUCUGCGCUGCUUCCUGCUCACCCCGUCCGGAGUCACCACCAGAGAUGUGUGUGUUCAAGAGGACAUCACCAUCCAGCCGACCUACAAGGACCUUCUGUCUCGUAUGAGGAACGUCUACAAGGUGGACGACUUCGCCGUGAACUACCGCGACCCCGAGGGCGACCUCAUCCGUAUCCUGGACGACGAGGACGUCCAGCUGAUGAUCACAGAGAGCAGAGGUCAGCAGGGAAACGUCAAGAGACCCGUCAACCAGUUUCCAUGGGAACUGUACGUGACCUUGACCUCUGACUUCUCUGUGUACAACGCCGAGGCCUGAGAGAGCGGAGGUCAAUGGAAGCACAGAGGAUAUUUAGUAUUCUUAUAUCUGAACUUGACCAAGUGCUUAUUGUUGCUGGUGUCUUUGUGUGGUUUUCUCUUCCCUUCAUUCUCAUCCUCAUUAAAGGUCAACUCAUUUCACUUCAACUAAUUUAAUAAAAGUUUUAAUGC